AUGGAACACCGGAAUAAAUGUUUUCAGUUCCAUGAGGAAAAGAGUAUACCUGAAAUACCUCCUAAGCCUGGAGAACUGAAAACAGAACUGUUGGGUCUAAAAGCAAGAUCAAGCAAAGUUCAAACUUCACAACAGUGAGCAGAAUUUACUUACGUUGUGAAAACUAGAACUGUUAAAAUAUUUGUUCAGCUGUCUCAACUGCAGAAAUCCUCAUGUGAAAUACCAUACUCCCUUAAUACUUUGUUUCCUUUAAGCAGCGUUACAGGCGGCAUUAAAAAUAAAUGUACGAUGAAUACUGU